AUGACGAUUACGAAAAACUCCCCUACUCCAGUAAUUCGUCGUAUUGACGCAAGCGAGGGGCCCGAGGCAAUCCUCCGUAUCUUGAGGGAAGACGGCUGCGUGAUCAUUCGGGAUGUCCUCCCUCUCGAGGUGAUCCAACGUCUCAACCAGGAAGUGGAGCCCCAGCUUGAGAAGGGCGGUGGCCAACGAGACGACGACUUGAUCAAAGAGGGCCACGGUGUGAAGACAAGAUACCUGAAUAGCCUGACAAUCCACAGCAAAUCCUUCCGCGACGAGAUCCUCAACCAGCCACUCAUCCAUGGCAUUUGCGAGGGAACGUUCCGGGAAGAAUCCGGAGACUACUGGUUAACUACAGCGACCAUCAUCGAGAUCGGACCCGGGGAGAAAGCCCAGCCUGUCCACCGAGAUUCCGUGGGAACCUUUCCCAUGUUUAAGCGCAUGGGGGUCAAUGCACCGGAGGCCAUGCUCAAUUUCUUCGUCGCCCUUAACGAGUUUAAGGAUGAGAACGGCGCCACGCGCGCAAUCCCCGGUAGCCAUAAAUGGCCUGACUUCACAGUGCCGGGACACCUCGAUCAAACGGUUCCCGCCGAAAUGCAACCAGGUGACGUGUUUGUGUUCACCGGUAAGUUGCUGCACGCUGGAGGCUGUAACUCAACAAAGGAUAGCUACCGGCGUGGUCUCUCGGUGACCUUCCAAGCAGCAUACUUGACACCGGCUGAAGCACCGUAUAACAUCCCGCGUGAGAUCAUUGACAGCAUGACUCCUUUGGCGCAGAAAAUGGUUGCAUGGCGAUCUGUCGACCCUCUUACGCCGUUUGGUCUAUGGAGAGUCGGCUUCAAUGAGCUAGGCGCAGAGAUGGGCCUGAAAUCCAACCAACCGCUCAAAUAG